UUCACGGGUUUGUCAAGCCGCUGGUGCAAUGUCAUCGCCUCGCUAGAAGGCAGCAAACUGGAGGGGGAAGACCUGGACCGGGCCGCAGACGUCCGCCGCUUCACGAAUGCUAGCCGAGCCUCGACAGUGUCGGUGAAGGAAGAAGCCCCGCGGUGAUGGUAUUGUUAUCGUUUUAAGACGAAAAGGAGGAAUUGUUUUCACCUCCACCAGGAAGAGGGACCACAGCUCGUGAAGUUCAUAUGCCGAAACCUGCUUUUAUUUGAGAAGGCUGACUGAGCUGUGUCCUGUGUGCUGUUCACGAUGGCCAUUAUGCGACAGUUUGGACUACUGGUGUGGAAAAACUAUCUUCAGCAGAAACGUCAAAUCCUGGUGACUCUGGUGGAGAUACUCCUGCCUCUGCUCUUCUCCGGCAUCCUCAUCGUGCUACGUCAGAAGGUGCCUUUUAAGGACUACCCAAAUGCCACGGUCUAUGAGAGCUACUCUGUCGACACACUACCCACCUUGUUGUUUCAAAGAUUACAGCUGGCAUAUGUGCCCGGUAACUCCAGCGUGGUGCGGCAGGUGGGAGAGCAUGUGCGACAGAGACUGAACCUCUACCCAGUGUAUGACUUUGAGACAGAAGAGCAGUUUGAGGACUAUGUGAGAAAUGACCCUACGUCAGGAAAGCUGCUGGCGGCUGUGGUGUUUGAGCACCCCUUCACCCAUGAUGAUGAACCCCUGCCCGUAAAGGUGAGCUACCACCUGCGCUUCACCUUCACCCCACGCAGGGCCCCGUUGGACGAGAAGUCGCAGCUGAACCCGAACAGCGACCUGGACUGGCACACGCUCAGCCUCUAUCCCCUCUUUCAGCUGCCAGGGCCGAGGGAACAGUAUGACAAGGAGGGGGGAACGCCUGGUUAUUUCCGAGAGGGAUUCCUGGCUGUACAGCAUGCAGUGGACCUGGCCAUCAUGCACUCUUACAACAGAAGUGCUGCUUCAAAUCUGCUGGGACAGAUCAGAGUGGUGCUGUCACGGUUUCCUUACCCAGCCUUUAUAUAUGACGUCUUCGUCCUGGCCAUUCAGAACCAACUGCCCUUACUACUGGUGCUCAGCUUUACCUACACCUCUCUCAACAUAGUGCGAGCUGUGGUGCAGGAGAAGGAAAGGAAGCUCAAGGAAUACAUGAGGAUGAUGGGUCUCAGCAACUGGCUCCACUGGAGCGCCUGGUUCCUCAUGUUCUUCCUCUUCCUCUCCAUUUCAGUCUUUUUCGUCACACUGCUCCUCUGUAUUCAGGUGAGCCCUAAUGGAGCAGUGCUGACCUACAGUGACCCCACGCUGGUCUUCGUGUUCCUGCUCGUCUUCACUGUGACCACCAUCAACUUCAGCUUCAUGAUCAGUACCUUCUUCUCACGAGCCAAUGUGGCGGCGGCAGCGGGAGGCUUCAUCUAUUUCCUGAGUUACUUGCCUUAUUUGUUCCUGUGGCCACGGUACGACUUACUGAGCCAUGCCCAGAAGGUGUCAGCCUGCCUCAUCUCCAACGUGGCCAUGGCCAUGGGGUCUCAGCUCAUAGGAAUGUUUGAAGGCAAAGGUACGGGAAUCCAGUGGUCAAACUUGUUUGACUCUGUGACGGUGGAUGAUGACUUCUCCAUGGCCCAGGUGUUGGGCUUGCUGGUUUUUGACUCUGUGCUCUAUGGGCUGGUGGCCUGGUACAUGGAGGCAGUUUUUCCUGGGGAGUAUGGAGUGCCUCUACCCUCUUACUUUUUUGUACUGCCUUCAUACUGGUGCAGCAGUCCUCGCAUGGCUUUGGUGAAUGAGAAAGAAGAAGAGGAGGAUGCAGAAAAGGCUCUGAAAGGGGAGUUUAUAGAGGAGGAGCCAACUGGACUAGUCUCCGGGGUCAAGAUUAAACACCUGGCUAAGGAAUUCAGAGUGGGCAACAAGACGCGGCAGGCUGUGCAGGAUCUUACCCUGAACAUGUUUGAGGGACAGAUCACCGUGCUGCUAGGACACAACGGUGCUGGGAAGACCACGACACUGUCCAUGCUGACAGGGCUGUUUCCCCCCACCAGUGGCAGGGCCUAUAUCAACGGCUACGACAUCUGUCAGGACAUGGCUCUGAUCCGCCGCAGUCUGGGGCUCUGUCCCCAGCAUGAUGUACUGUUUGAUAACCUUACUGUCAGAGAGCACCUACUCUUCUAUGCACAGCUGAAAGGCUACUCCAAAGACAAGAUUCCAGAUGAGGUGGACCGGAUCAUCCGUAUCCUGAACCUUGAAGAUAAGCGACAGGCUCGCUCCAAGACCCUCUCUGGUGGCAUGAAGAGAAAACUCUCCAUUGGCAUUGCCCUGAUUGGAGACUCUAAGGUGGUGAUGUUAGAUGAGCCCACAUCAGGUAUGGACCCAUCAGCUCGACGUGCCACCUGGGACCUUCUGCAAGGGGAAAAGCGUGGUCGCACCAUCCUGCUCACCACGCACUUUAUGGACGAGGCAGACCUGCUUGGCGACCGCAUCGCCAUCAUGGCAGGAGGGGAGCUGCAGUGCUGCGGGUCUCCACUCUUCCUUAAGAACAAAUAUGGUGCUGGCUACCACAUGGUGAUAGUAAAGGAUGCUCUUUGUAACGUGUCUGAGAUCACCCGCCUUGUCCACAUGUAUGUACCUAAUGCCACACUGGAGAGCAGUGCUGGAGCUGAGCUCUCUUACAUCUUGCCCAAAGAAAGCACCAGCAGGUUUGAGCUGCUGUUUGCUGAGCUGGAGAUGAACAGAGAGGAGCUGGGCAUCGCCAGCUAUGGAGCUUCUGUAACCACUAUGGAGGAGGUUUUCCUCAGAGUGGGAAAGCUGGUGGAUUCCAGUUUGGACAUCCAGGCAAUCCAGCUGCCAGCCCUGCAGUACCAACACGAGAGACGCUCCCAUGACUGGACCACGGAUGACGCCAGCAGCAUCAGCGGCAUGACCGAUGUCACCGACUUCACGGACAGUGGCACGCUCAUCUCAGAGGACUGCUCCAACAUUAAGCUGAAUACCGGGGUGAGACUACACCUGCAGCAGUUCUAUGCCAUGUUCCUGAAGAGGGCGCUGUACAGCUGGAGAAACUGGAAGGUGAUGGUGGCUCAGUUCCUGGUACCUUUAGUCUUCACAGUUGUGGCUUUAGUUGUGGCACGCACCUUUCCCAACCACCAGGACGCUCCUAUGCUGAGGCUGGCACUCAGCCGCUAUGGUCCCACCAGGGUCCCUGUUGCUCUGCAGCCUGGGCUGGGUCCCCUGGCCUCUGCCUUAGCAAAUACGUACAGUUCACAGCUCUCUGCCCAGCUAGGCCAGCUCAUCAACAUCACUGACUUUACUGAUUACAUCCUGACCCAGGCAGAGGAAGAAGGCGGCAGCUUUAAUGAGCGCUGCGUGGUGGGUGCUGCUUUCCGUGGCAGCAACAGCCAGUAUGCAGAAGCAACAGCCUACUUCAACAACGAGGGCUACCAUACACCCGCCACAGCCCUCAUGAUGGUGGACAAUGCUCUGUUCAAACUUCUAGCAGGCCCGAACGCUUCCAUCCAGACGGGCAAUUACCCCAUGCCCCGCAACCUGUCUGAGACCGCCCGGAGCCAACUUACAGAGGGAAAGACGGGCUUUGCCAUCGCCAUCAACCUGAUGUACGGUAUGGCCUCCCUGUCCAGCACAUUUGCCCUGCUGCUCGUAACAGAGUCCUCUAUCAAGUCCAAGCAUGUGCAGCAGGUCAGCGGCGUCUACCUGUCAAACUUCUGGUUUUCUGCCCUUCUGUGGGACCUGGUCAACUUCCUGCUGCCGUGUCUCCUCAUGCUGGUGGUAUUUCAGGCAUUCGGAGUCAAGGCCUUCAUAGACGACAACCACCUGGUAGAUGUGUUGUUGUUAUUGCUGCUGUAUGGCUGGGCUGUUGUGCCUCUUAUGUAUCUGCUCAGCUUCCUCUUCUCCUCUGCUGCUACUGCCUACACACGCCUCACCAUCUUCAACAUGAUCUCUGGCACAGCCACCUUCCUGGCUGUCACCAUCAUGACCAUCCCAGACCUGCACCUGCAGGACCUGUCGCACUUACUGGAUAAAGUGUUCCUGAUCUUCCCAAACUAUUGCCUGGGCAUGUCCUUCAGCCAGUUCUACCAGAACUACCAAUUCAACUCUUUUUGCCCCACCAGUCCAAUCAGCCGAGCAGUGUGCCAUUACUUCAACAUCACGUACCAGACAAACUACUUCUCCAUGUCGGAGCCUGGUGUGGGACGCUUCCUCGUGGCCUUCUCUGUGCAGGGUGUAGUCUUCAUUAUUCUGCUGUUUGUCAUCGAGCUGCAGUGUGUCUGCACACUCCGCCGACUCCUCAGCUCCCUGGGCAGAAGACGCAAACAGUUACCUCUAACAGAGGAUGCAGCAACCCUUCCAGAAGACAGGGAUGUGGCUGAAGAGAGGAAGAGGGUCCUGGAGUGCCAGCCAAUAGUAGAGUCUAUGGUUGGCAGCCCCCUCAUACUGCAGGAGCUCAGCAAAGUGUACAGCAGCGGGGAGAAUCUCCUGGCUGUGGACAGACUGUCUCUAGCAGUAGGCAAAGGAGAAUGUUUCGGCCUCCUGGGCUUCAAUGGAGCAGGCAAGACCACAACCUUUAAGAUGCUGACAGGUGAUGAGAGUGUUACCUCCGGGGACGCCUACAUUGAUGGAUACAGCGUCUUGAGGGACAUUAAGAAGGUGCAGCAGCGCAUCGGUUACUGCCCUCAGUUUGACGCCGUGUUGGACCACAUGACAGGAAGAGAAACUCUGAGUAUGUAUGCCAGACUCAGAGGAAUACCAGAGAAGUAUGUGUCUGGCUGCGUGGAGAAUGUCCUGAGGUCGCUGCUGCUGGAGCCUCAUGCUGAUAAACUGGUCCGCAGCUACAGUGGCGGUAACAAGCGGAAACUGAGUGCAGGCAUGGCUCUGAUUGGUGGGCCUCCGGUCAUCUUCCUGGAUGAGCCUUCGACCGGGAUGGACCCUGUAGCCAGGAGGCUGCUGUGGGAUGCUGUUACACGCACACGGGAGUCUGGAAAGGCCAUAAUCAUCACUUCUCAUAGUAUGGAGGAGUGUGAGGCACUGUGUACCAGGCUGGCAGUGAUGGUCAACGGUCAGUUCAAGUGCCUCGGGAGUCCCCAGCACCUGAAGAGCAAGUUUGGCAGUGGCUACACCCUGCUGGCUAAAGUUCACAUAGAGGCUGAGCUGGAAGACAGCGACCUGCAGCUAUUUAAAGACUUCAUCGAAAGUACCUUCCCAGGAAGUCAACUAAAGGAUGAGCACCAGGGAAUGGUGCACUACCAUUUGACUGACAAAACACUUACAUGGGCCCAGGUGUUUGGCACUUUGGAGGCAGCCAAAGAGAAAUACCAUAUUGAAGACUACUGUGUGAGCCAGAUAUCUCUGGAGCAGGUGUUCCUCAGCUUUGCCCAGUUCCAGCACUGUACAGAGGUUUGGAGGAAGUAAGUCGAGCGAGGAGUCCGUCCAUCCAUUGUCCAUUUUCGACAGUGUGUGUGUGUGUUUUGGACCUGUGCACAUGGACCUUCCUUCGUCACACAACAGGUGUGUACACAGGCUGGAGCAGAAUGUGCUUCAUCUCCAGCUCCAUUUUUACCUUAACUACCAACACAAACAUACACACACAGACACACAUACACACACACAGGGCCAGUUGCCGAACAUCCAACUUCAGCAUUUCUACUACUGUAUCAUGUCUGUGUGUCUUUGUUGGGUCUUCAUGCCGUUGUUAUUGUUGUUGUUGUGUGACAAGAAAGUAGGAGAAUUGGGAUUAUGACAUGUGGGCGACAUUGAUUAUACCAAGUGAUGAACUCUUUUUUUUUUAAGUAAGGACAAAGACAAUGAUACCACUCAUUAGAGUCUCCCACUACUCUGAAUUGUGUGUGAUGGGUUUUUUUGUGUGUGUGCACUCAUGUGUGUACAGCUUGACUUUUUGUUAUUUAUGAUUUUAUUUUAUCACUUGAUUAUGUUUCUAAGAAUCUGUGCUUUUUUUUGUAAUCAGAGCAUGAACCACUCCAUUUGAUACAUUUAUGGAAUCGUUGCACACCUUCUGCGCCUUAUCUAACUUAUGAGGGUUCUUGUUUCUUUAUAUUGCCCUAUACAAAAUGCCUGGUUAUCCUUAAGAGCCUCUUAAUGUUGUUGCCAGAUGUAAAUAAUGUGACGUGUUCAUGGUACUAAAAACCACUUACUCAGUCGGACCAGAGCAGAACAUUUACUCAUUAUAAGACUGUUUUGGGCACAUUAAUGAAUGCAUGCAUAGAAUACAAUUUACAGAGUGCAUGAUACUGAGAGAGCAGAGAGCUGCUAGUGAUUCCUAAAACACCGUCCUGAUUGAAGAUUAAUCCUCAGAGAACAUUUAGUCCACUCUGAGUACACUUACUACUCCGCCAUCGUUUGGGUCAACAAAUUCUGUUUUUGCUGCCAAACAAGUUCCAACAACAGCGUGCUACCAUGUGCAUAUCCAGCCAUUAUAGUUUAAAUGGAAGGUAUGUUAACACGAAGCAUGACAUAAAUGUGUGAUGCAGAGGUCAUGACUUCAGAUCAAGUUGUUUCAGACUGCACAUGAUUGAUUUGGACCUAGAACAGCGAGACUGCAAUGACUGCUGAGGUGCUUUUGUACAUUUUAUUUUUUGCACUUGUUGUGAAUGUGUGUUAAAAGUGUCUGGGUAAGUAUGGCAACACAUGAUUCCUGAAUUAAUCCAGAUUAUACUAAAACAGUGCUAUGAUAGUCCUUAAAUAUUAAAACCAAGAGAUUGUUAUUGUGCAGUGGACAAACUUUACUGCUGUGUCAUCUGUAAUGUAGAGCUGCUCCUUCAGGGAAUGCCAGGAAAUGCAAUAAAAAGGCCCAGCGAUGGUGUGGAUCGUCAAACAUAAUUUAAGUCAUCUGCAUACAAAUAGAUGCCUUGUUCUGAGGAAGAAUGAUCAGCGCAAUGUUUGUUCCUUUUCACAUUUGGAUGUGCCGCUAUGAACCUACUUUCAUGUGUUAAUCACAUUACUAAAAGAUUUGUUUACCCUGUAGGAAUAUUUUAAAUAACAUUUGAACGUUACAAAAAAAAAAUCCCUUAACCAUACUGAUGAGAAGUAUAUUCUCAGUGUUCUGCUUUUCACGUUAAAGAUGUUAUAAUCUGGGAUGAAGUAGCGUGCAAAUGACAUUCCUACCCAAGAAAAAUCACUCUGACUUAAAAGAAGUGAGAUGAAUGUAUUUACUGUCUUUAUGAAAGCAAAGAGCACUCACAGUAAUCGACUUUAUUAACGGUGUCAUGUGACUUACAGAGCUUUCUUCAUGUCACCAGAUGUGUAUGAGAAAACAAGUAGAGACUGACAUUCCAGAAAGACACGCAUAUGUGGCUUAUUGAUCUUGGAUUUAACCUCUUAAUUAUGACUUUUGUUACAUUUGUUUGUGUAUUUGCACAAUUUACGUCCCAUCACAUGUAUGACUUGAAUCAAUUGCAAUGUUAGAUGCAUAUUUUGAGGAACAGUGGAAAGGUUUGUGCUGCUGAUACUGAAGGAUUGAGUUAUGCUGAAAUACAGUGUAUCAUAUUAUAAAAGGGAAUUUACAUCAUUGUAAUUGUGUACUGUCUUGUACCAUGAAACUGACCUUGUCAACUGUAUAUGUAUCGCUAUUCUUUUUAAAUUAAAUAAUGCUCUAUGCAAAUGGAAGCAAAUACCAGAGCCUGGUCUCA